CAGUCGCUAGUCGAUUCACUUUAGUUGGCCGUACGAACAAAAGUGGAGACCACGCGUUGUCACACACAUUUUUAACUUAAUAAAUAUUAAUUUUAAUAAAGAUAUGAAUAAAUAGGAUUUAUUGAUACGUUCCGUAUAUUUGCUGUGAACAAAAUGGUAUAUUGACGAUAACCUUUUGCACAAGAAGCUUGUUUAUCUAUCACUUCACAAGAGGUCGCCGUUUUAACAACAUUAAGUGAAUUUAUGAUAAAUUUAUAUUGAAGUUUGUGUUUUUUGUAAUGGAUAUAAAAUGCAAAGCAGUUGUUUUGAGUAUUCUAGCUACGCUUGUUGCAGCCCAAAAAACAUGUCAAAGCGGAGCUACUUGUGUUAGAGUACAAGAUUGUCCCGCCAUUCUGAGUAUUGUGAAAGACCGGGCAGACUACACCAGGGAUGUUGUGGCAAAAUUACGAUGUAGCUCAAACGAGUACAAAAUAUGCUGCCCUCCAGUUUUCGAGGAAGCAGGCUCAUUAUUCAAGCCGCAGUCAGCGUUACCAGAUACCAGCGUGUGCGGGAUAAUGACCAAUGAUAGGAUCGUUGGAGGAUCUAUCACCGAGCUCGAUGAACAUCCUUGGCUAGCUCUACUGCGAUAUGAUAAACCAAACGGCUGGGGUUUCUACUGUUCUGGAGUUUUGAUAUCAUCGAAAUACGUGAUGACCGCCGCACAUUGCCUCAAAGGAAAUGAACUACCACCCACUUGGUUGUUAACUCAAGUGCGACUUGGCGAAUGGAAUAUAACCAGCUCGAGAGAUUGCGUCGAAGACGAUUGCAGCCCGUCUGUCCAAGACAUCAGUGUUGUUGAUCGCAUAGCUCAUGAAAACUACCACCCCGAUGAUAUGCACCAACACAAUGAUAUAGCACUCUUGAAAUUGGCGCGUGACGUUGUGUACUCAGAUUUCGUAAAACCAAUAUGCCUUCCGUUAACCAAGACCCAACGUACUAACUCGUUCGACGGCUACGAAAUGGAAGUAGCGGGAUGGGGCAAAACUGAAACAAAAUCGAUGUCCGAGAUAAAAUUAAAGGUCCGAGUUCCGGUAGUUAAUUCGAGCACCUGUGCAAAUAUAUACAAGAAAGCUGGUAGGUUUAUAAAUGAAAAGCAACUUUGUGCCGGAGGCAAACAGGGGCAGGACUCAUGCCGAGGGGACUCCGGUGGACCUCUUAUGGCCGCGAUGCCCUCCGCACAGAACUGGUUCGUGGUCGGAGUGGUGUCAUAUGGUCCCAGUCCGUGUGGCACUUCAAAUUGGCCCGGAGUGUACACACGAGUCAGCUCUUAUAUAGAAUGGAUACAAUCAAAGAUUAGUCGUUAAUUCUAUGGAAUUAAGACGAGACUAGUUUUGCCUAAAGUGUAAUUAUUUUUUUAAGAUUCAUCGUAAUCUAUACAAUAAAAUUGGAAUGUUUGUAUAAUAUAUCGAUAAAAAAAUCAUAAUCCGUACACACGAUGUAUUUGCUUUACUUAUAAAGAAAUUUAACAAGACUUACUGGAAGAUAGCUGAGGGAGUAACUUAGGUUCAUUUUUUUAGUUUUGUGCUAACGAAGUCACGCACAACAGCUAGUAUGAAAUAUGAUUUAAAAAAACAAGAUACUCGUGCAAUUCAUUACAUUGUAUAAUAGAUAAUGACCAUUAUAUUGACUAUAAAGAUAUAAUAUACUCUCUAACUUGUGCCAUGGUUUAUAAUAAAUAAAUAAAAAAUA